UUUCUUUUCCGCAUUCUCAUACCUUAUUUGUUUUUUUUUUUUUUUCUUUUUUUCUUCUCACCGCAUUUCUGUGUCAUAAUCAAUCGGUUUUUAUUAUCAUUAUCAUUAUUGUUUUUCCUUCCUUUCGAAUCCACCCUUCGUGGGAACGAGAUUGAAUGUAUCCCAGGCUAACCCAUGCUUGUACUGCUUACCCGUAACCUGGACCUGCAUGCAUGCAUUUAUCUUAUUUGUUCGGACGGGGUCGAUUUGCUGUCCUUUUUUUUUCCUGUGCGCCCUUUCUCACCCCUGCGUCUUAUUUUCAACCCCGCUGCGUGCCUGCGUGUGUGUAUGUAUGCGUGUCCAGUUUGCCCCUUAUUUGGUAGGUUUUCUUUUCUUUAGGGGAAACUUCCGUCUUACAUUACUUGGUGCGACAUUGUUGUGAGUCACUUCAACUAGUAUAUUCGUAUGCACCCUACAUUUAGAUCAUAGUAUAUAGGUAGUAAGUCAUAGAUAAGUCCAAUAAUAGCAAAC